UGCAUGCAUAGCUCACCACAACCCCAGAAACACAGGAAGUGCUGUGCCCCAAAGAGGCACAGCUGGCCCCAGCCCCUGGACUGUGCCGCUACUCAUGCCAGAUCAGACCUACUGUGACCGCCUGGUGCAGGAUACGCCUUUCCUGACGGGCCAGGGCCGCCUCAGCGAGCAGCAGGUGGACAGGAUCAUCCUGCAGCUGAACCGCUACUACCCGCAGAUCCUCACCAACAAGGAGGCCGAAAAGCCUGCUCUCCCUUCUGCCCCCCAGUUCCGGAACCCCAAGGCCUCCCUGCGCGUGCGGCUCUGUGACCUCCUGAGCCACCUGCAGCGGAGCGGCGAGCGACACUGCCAGGAGUUCUACCGCGCCCUGUACAUCCACGCGCAGCCCCUGCACAGCUGCCUGCCCAGCCGCCACACCCUGCAGAACUCAGAUUGUACAGAGCUUGACUGGAGCAGCCAGAGCCGCGAGCUGAGAGACAGGGGACCCAUGGGCUUCCUGGCGGGUCUAGGUCUGGCAGCGGGCCUGGCCCUCCUCCUCUACUGCUGCCCCCCAGACCCCAAAGUGCUGCCGGGGGCCCGGCGCAUCCUCGGUUUCUCGCCCGUCAUCAUCGACAGACACGUCAGUCGCUACCUGCUGGCUUUCCUAGCAGAUGACUUCGGGGGGCUCUGAUGGACCCAGACCCCAGGCCUUGCCCACUGCUCAACCAAAGACUCCCCUGGCCGCUACUGUGUGGCCAGCACUUCUUUUUCUAAAUACUUAUUUUUUCAUUAUUUAUAAUUUAUAGCAGAAGCACGUUACCUUCACUCUGCAAGGUGCUUAACAAUUAUUAAAUGCUCCUGUUGCCUCA